CGGUGUGCUGCAGCCGGCUGUGCGCCACGGAGUGAGGGGCCAGCCCGUGGAAGCUGCAGGGGUGGCGGGGGCGAAGGUGGGGACCCGCACUCAGAGGGCGGGCGCAGCUUGCUGUGCCAGGCCGUGUCCCUGUCCGCUGCCGCCCUGCCACCCACCCCCUGUCCUCGCCGGCGGGAGCUCGGGGGCACUAGGCAGUGGCGCGCUCCUGGCGGCUGCUGGCUGGAUGCAGGACCGGCGCGGACCCGGCGGCGGACGGUGGCUCUGGACUCUCGGAAGCCGAGUGCGCUGGCAUGGCCUCCAACUUUAACGACAUAGUCAAGCAGGGCUACGUGAAAAUCCGCAGCAGGAAGCUGGGGAUUUUCAGACGAUGCUGGUUGGUUUUCAAGAAGGCUUCUAGUAAAGGACCCAGAAGGCUAGAAAAAUUUCCGGAUGAAAAGGCAGCAUAUUUCAGAAACUUCCAUAAGGUCACCGAACUGCACAACAUCAAAAAUAUAACCAGACUGCCUCGAGAGACAAAGAAGCAUGCGGUGGCCAUUAUCUUUCAUGAUGAAACAUCCAAGACAUUUGCCUGUGAGUCAGAGCUGGAGGCCGAGGACUGGUGCAAGCAUCUCUGCAUGGAGUGUCUGGGGACCAGGCUGAACGACAUCAGCCUCGGGGAGCCUGACCUUCUGGCGGCAGGCGUGCAGCGUGAACAGAACGAACGAUUCAACGUUUAUCUGAUGCCUACACCGAAUUUGGAUAUUUAUGGUGAAUGCACAAUGCAAAUCACUCAUGAGAAUAUCUAUCUCUGGGAUAUCCACAAUGCCAAGGUCAAACUGGUGAUGUGGCCUCUCAGCUCACUGAGGAGAUACGGGCGGGACUCGACAUGGUUUACCUUUGAGUCAGGAAGAAUGUGUGACACGGGAGAAGGACUAUUCACUUUUCAAACCAGGGAAGGAGAGAUGAUCUACCAGAAGGUCCACUCUGCGACACUGGCCAUAGCUGAGCAGCACGAAAGAUUAAUGCUAGAAAUGGAGCAGAAGGCCCGGCUGCAGACAAGCCUGGCUGAACCCAUGACAUUGUCCAAAUCCAUCUCUCUCCCUCGGAGCGCCUACUGGCGCCACAUCACUCGUCAGAACAGCGUUGGUGAGAUCUACAGUCUGCAAGGCCACGGGUUUGGUUCUUCGAAGAUGUCACGUGCACAGACCUUCCCCAGCUACACCUCCGAGCAGAGCGAAGAGACUCAGCAGUCCUUGUCCCGGUCUAGCAGCUACGGAUUCAGCUACAGCUCCAGCCUCAUUCAAUGACACACAGAGAGCCGCUGCUGGCCAGAGAGACAGUCUGUCCUGGACCUGCGUGCAGGGGCAUUGUGCCCUCUGCCUCCUGGAAGACCAAUUGCAGCAGAAGUUGAAGUGGGCCGGGUCUACCCCAUUCCCAGUGGAAGGUUCAAAACUGGAGUUCCGCUGCCUCGAUUCUGUGGCUAAGUCCUUUAUUUAUUGAAUUUCUUGGGGGCAGGGGGACACCUGUGUUUUACAAAAGUAGAAUCCAAAUCGUAUGGAUAGUCAUUUAAAUAAAAUUGUUCGGGUCUGAGAGCAGCAGCAGCAGCCUGGGCACUGCAAGCAUUGCCCGCACUGGCUCGUGUGGGGCCUGGUAGGCGGCGUCCUCCUGGCUCAGCUCUCCCGGCUGAUGACAGGGCCGGUCCUUCGGCAUAAAGGUGACCCACCACAAGCUGUGUGGCUUGGAAGGUUUUGACAGGGAUAAAUCCAAUCGGCCCCACAAAGGGCAUCGUAACUCUCCAUAUAAAUAACCCCAGUGACCAUUACAGGAACACAAAAUUAGAACAUACUAGUAAGCAGGGCCUGAGAGCUCACCUUGUGUGUGUUUGUAUACACACGUGUGCGCGUGUCUGUAGGCAAAGGUGGGCAUGGAUAUUGCCACACCCAUCUGUAGCUAACAAGCAUCAUCAAAUGCACACAGAGGGUGACAGGUCACACCCACUGAAAUUGUCGGAAACUGUAAGUUGGUGCAUUAAAAUUUAAGAUUGUUAUGUUGAACAGCUAUUUUUAAAACCGUGCUGUAAAAAAAAGAAAAAAGGCUUCUUAUUAGCAAAAGUAUUUAUAUAGUCGAGUCUGCUCCUCUGGGACUUGUGAGGGUGGGAGAAGGAGGGACAUUCUGGAGACAACAGAACCGGUCUGGCUGUCCUGCACGUCACCUCCCCACCCCCACCCCCACCGGUCCUUCUGGUGAGUUGCGGCCGACCUAGUGUGUUCUCCUUUCCGCCGCCCUUCUGAGCUAAGAGGGCAAGACUGGACGUGAUCACCAGCCGGCCACCAUUUAAUCUCACGAAAAAGACUCUCACUGAGACACUUGAAGAAAGACAUAAAAAUACCCUGGCAAAGCACCGAACAGAACAGUUUUGCAGUCGGGGGAACAAUGGGAGCAGGGCUGGAGAGAUUUAGAAUCUCGCACGUGUGGUUCUCCGAGGGCAUCCGGGAUGCGCCGAUGACUGCGCAGCCAGAAUUUGCUGGGCUUUCGUGUCCUUUUACUGGACACAGGUUGGCUGGGACUGUGAGAAAAUGGGUUACAUAUAAUUUAUUUCAUCUGCCACACUAAUAACAAAUCUUUGAGGUUUAAAGGAAAGAGGUGAUUUCCAUGCAAACUGAGAAAGUUUUGGCUAGUUCAGGUCAUUGUAGACAGUUUUGCCCUCAGUUUUGGAUUCAGUCAAGUAAACAUGAAGAUGAUUCUGCCUGACUCUCUGGUGCCACAGGCCUAAGCGGUUGGCGCCCAGAUACCCCCCGCCAUGGCUGAAACAGCAGUCAGCCCAGCCCAUGUAGGAUGAAAACCUGAUUUAUUUUUCUUAAUAGCAAAACAUUUUAAGCUAUCCAGGUUAGUCUUUCAAAAGGGGAGCUGGCUUGCUGGUCUGCGAUAACACUUUUUUCACCCGCAUCCAUAGCUCGAAUGCAGAUAGACAGUUCAUUUCAGAGAAUUAACACAGAAUUCAGUCAUUCUGGGUCCCUCUCUGAUAAAUUCACACUUAGAGCCACGACCUACACUCUCCACGUCUCUCAGAUAAGUAUGAAAACCCCAUCAAGAUGCUAAUCAUAAGAGUUAAUGUGGCUGUGAAAAAUAAUUAUCCUAAGCAUUCAGGGAUAAAAAGAAAAUUGCUCGAACGCUCUGCACUGUGAAUUGUGCUGACCGAGCCCAGGAGCCAAUGGCUGGCUCCCAGCGAUGGCAGAGUCUUCCCUGAUGCCCCAGCAUCAGGGUUAGACACUCUGCGUUCCUUUAGUCAUGGCAUUGACUUCUGAAAUGCCUAGCGAAACCCCGGAGCAGCUCCCCGCAGAGACCAUCCGAGCACGGCUCCUAGUGGCCUCGGGCUCACAGCCACACUCUCGCUGGUCACUCAGUCGAGCUGUUGCUUAGAGACCACAGGUUUCUACAAGGGACUUACUGGGGAAAGACCCUCAGGGGUCCUGGUUCAUGUCUCAGCUUUAUUAAUCUGCCCAAAGCACAGACAGGGAGUCCAGGGUGGGGAGGAUUCUGCCAAUUGGUUGUGUCUGCUCUUGUGUCUGGUGGGUAUGAGACGCAACACCUGCGUGGAGUCGCUCAAGAACACCGUUUUCUUGUGCUCAUUGCCAGUGAGCACACCCAAGAGGGCCCCAAAGAUCAGGCACAGCCUUGGGCCAGUUCCCUCUGAGAACCAGGUUUGUAAAAAGAGUCUAUGAGUAAGAAAUGUCCUUCCCAUGUCGUCAUUCAAUCUCAUCGCAAUGAGAAUAAUGCUAUAAAAUAUCUCAUGGGACAUCUUUGGAGAUUUAUUCUAGCACACACCUCUAACUAUACUUAUAAUUGUAGUUAAGUCAAAAUUACUAAAUGAACAGAUAGGAGAAUUUAUAUUAACCUAAUGUACUUGACAUAAGGCAGUGCACAUUGUAAUAAAGAUGACAAGCUGAUAAAUCUUCUACAAAAACCAAAGAUGAGAAGGUAAUGACUCAGUCUCUUGGAACUUAAUGAAAUUAAUUUCGUUGAAGCAACCAGAGUGGCCAUAGGCAAGUAUCCCACUCCCUCCAGCUGGUAGGUUUUUGACUAAAGAUGCCUCUGUACUCCACAAGUCAUUUUUCUCCCUGUAGAAAUAGUUUUAUAUCUUUAAUAUUCAUGUGACUUUUUCAUGGUGAGGGAGUGACUCACUGAGAACCAAAGACAUCUUUUAGCUCCUCUGAAAGUGACUCGGUUAGGGUCCCCUCCGGAUGGAGACAGGCACAGGAAGAUGGUCCCAAUUCCCACGGCAGGCGGGAAGAGAGCAGCAAUGAUGGAACCAUGUCAUGAGGGGCCCUCUCAGGGCACAGACAGCCUAGGGGCAUUCGCGUUUCACAGAAGUGUUGCACGAGCAGAUUUAUUUCUUGCGUCCCCAAUUUUUUCCUCUGAUGAUAUGAAUGGUACUCAUGAUGUUAAAUUUAAAAUGCAUGAAAGUACAGAAUCACUUUAACCCAGUAGCUUACUAUUCUGAUGAGGGCAAACAGAGACACAGCAUUUACUCACUCACCGAGUGACUGAUAGGUGCUCGGAAUGAAUCAGUUCGUGCGGGUUGCAAAUAUUUAGGAAUCAAUAGGUUCUGGCCACUAACACCAUUUGAAAUGAAUGAAAUAAGAAACAUGUAUUUACUUAUAUAUUAGGAAGAUGCUGUUUGACAAGAGCAUGUGAAAUGAAGUAAAACACAUAUAUUAAGAGUAAAGCUCACUUCCUUCACCAGGUACUAACUGGAACACUAGUUCUCAGCUCUUAUUGUGCAGUUUUCCUCUGUCUUCAUUGAGUGAUUAUGUUUGAAUAUCACUUAUCACCUAUAAAAUGGCCAACCAGUUAUACUUUCUGUCCAACACAGAAACAGUGAACUGAUACAUAACUACACGGUUAGCAGCUUCUACACAUCCAAUUUAUUGCAUGUGCUAUCUUUGUAGUAGAUAUUAAAACGCAUCAUAAAACUUGAUGUCUGCCCCUUGUUCUUUGGACAGUAUCUCAGAAAACAUUGUAAAAAAAAGCAUGAGCACACUAUUCCCUAGAUGAUUUGAGCCACUUCCUAAAAUCAACCCUUAAUGAUAUGGUAAAAACAAGCUAAGCAAAUUAUACAUGUAUUCUUAUAAAAGCAUUGUAGGCCAGUUUUAAUCAUUAUAACACAGUGCUAUAAAUGGGCAAGAUAUAUUCAGUGAGACUGAGCUUAAAGGCCUUUAACACUUCAUGUUAAAACAAAUAAUAUGCUGAAAACUGCUCAAAUGGAAAAGUAUGCAUUUUCCUCCAAUUCUAUUAACAUGCCUAUCGAUAUCUUGCAAUUUCAAAUUACUAUACCAAUAAUUACUUAUACUUUACAACCCACGAACUGUGGCCUUCUCAAGAUAGAUAAAAAUUUUCCUACUAGACAUACUUGUACAUUAAUAAUUAUAAUAAUAGGUAAUAUGCUACACAAAUAAAUUUCUAGCCAAUGAAUUUAUGGAGUGUGGUUUCCCAUGGCGGGGGCAGAGAAGGAUGGCACCAACUUACAUAAGAUUAUAAAGAUUCCAAUGAAAUGUGCAGAUUUGCUUUCUUAACCUUCUAACCUUGGUUCCGUGUCUCAGACUUGGCCUUCUCUAUGCAUUUCAGUGAGUGCUGAGUGUGCAAGAUGACAUCCGUUGCACCAAUUUUGAAGCUCCAGCACAAACACAGCAUGUUAGCAACAAGUGUGCUUCCUUUAGUGGAGUGAAAAUUAUAGUUGAGGGAAAAUUAUUUAAUACCAAAGAACAUGUAAGCAAAUCCUGGUGGUCACAUGUCUCCACAGUCACGUGAGGAUCAUUUUCGGAGAGCCCACUCAUGUGAGUUUCAGUGUGAAGAUAUAUUAUCAGCAAGAUGGGCAGGGGCUGAAUGUUUCAGGAGAGACACUUGCUACUAUGUGUGCAUUUUCUAUAAACGUACUUGGAAGCUUAACCUGUCCCCUCCUCCCUGGAGCUACCACGAAUCCUUACCUUCUUACUGGAGAAUGUGAACCUUCGUUGAUCAUUUCUAUAAUCUAUUUCACUACAUGAGGCAUUAGGUAGUUUAUAGACUCUGGAGGAAGUAUCGUGAGAUUUGGGGCACAUUUUCUAGACAGGCAGAAUGCUCGCUGGCUCUGGAAGCAGUCAUGUAGAAUGAAGGUCCCACUUCAUGUUCUGCUCAGGAGAAAACGGAACGCGCAUGCACGUUGUGAUUUAUUCAAAGGCAGGAAUGGGGUCGGCUAGCAGGCUCCCGGUCCGGGAAUGUUUCCUUGGCUCCAUCGUGUCUCCCAGGGACAGGUAGUGGGAGCUGACACAUGCCACAUGGCCAGGAAGUUAAUAGGCCCUUGUACUUGUGUUUUCCAAAUUUUUCAGAUGUUCCUAAGUCUUCCUGGACUCAUCGCCAACUAUAUUAAUAGAGAGGCUUUAUAGGGCAAUUCAUUAUGCUUGCAGGUCAUGAUGGAUUAGUAUUAAGUGUUACUAUGGCUGCAUUGUCAAUCAGUUCUUCGUUGGAAAUUCAGACAACUUUUUUAAGAUUAUGGUCAAAAAAAGUCAAACUAAAAAAAGUAAUAAUAAUUAGGUGUCUAUGUGUUAUUUUCCUACUAAUUUGUCAUGCUAUGACCAUGAUUAUGAUUUCGGAGAUUUUUAUUACUCUGUAACACUUUGGUUUCAUUAUGUACGGCAUCUGUCACAACUGUGUUAGGAAAUGAUAAUAACAGGGCUACAGUUUUUUUCACAUGGACUUCGAAAAGCUUCCACUUUCAACUGAAAUUUGGGGAGUGACUUUUAUUUUACAUCAAGUUUUCCCUUAUAUAAUUACAUAGGCAAUUAUUUCAAUUCAUUGAAGUUUAGAUAAAUUAGACAGAAGUUAAAGUUACUAAACAAUAUGGGAACCAUAUCUUAUGUGUGAUUUUCAUAUACUUUCCUUAGUUUAAAAUUUUAAUAUCUUGUAAACAUUUCAAGGAAAAGAAAAACUACCCUUGUAAUAGGAAUGUGUCAACUUCCUCCUAAUAAUUCUGUUUAAUAAUUUUUUAUUUUGCCUCACCUCCUGUGUCUGCUACCCUCAUCCAUAUUCCAUAUUCUGGGCUUAUUUUAUUAGAUGAUACAAUUAACUUCCUCAGUCUGUUCUCUGCUUUUUGGUUGAUUUUAGACCUAAAGAGAACAUAAAAACAGCUCAUUUUGUAGACACAGAGUUAUGUGCCCAGUGAGUAGGGUGUCUACACCGACCCCAUAGCUGUGUUCAUGCUGGAAUUUAAUUGUUGUCUUAAUUCACCCAACUAACCCACAGUCUCAUCAAGACUUACUUAUUUUCAGGAGUCCAAAAUUUAAAAACCCAAAUUCAGAAAAAGAAGUUUGAGAUAAUGAUUUAAGUUAUUUUUAAAGUCACUGUGGGUUUUCUCUCAAAGAAAACAUUAUGGAAGGGGUUUUAUGGUUUUUCAAUAUCAUUAACUACUGGACAGAGAGGUUGAAAAUCAGGGGAAAAUGAAAAAUAAAAUGAUAGUAGUAUCUUGAUAUUCAAUAUAAAUCUGAAAUUAACAUGAUGUGUAUAAAAAUGAUAGUUAUCUUCAUAUUCAAUAUCAAUCAGGAAUUAACAUAAGUCAAUAUGAAAUCAUUUGAUUAAUAAAAUUCAGAUUUACAUGUCUAUGGCACAAUUCAAGAAACAGUGCUUAUUCUCAUCCAAAAAUAUAUGUGUCGGUGGGUGGAGUGCAGAAAAAGACUUCAAAUUGUUGUGAAGACUUGCAUUAGAAAAUAGAGGUUCUUUCCAGUUCUAAGGCUGUGUUAUUUCAGUGAUAGCCCACAGUAUACAAACCACAGCAACAAACCAGUCUGCCCCCUGAUGACACAUGACACUGAACGCCAGCACUAUCUCGGCUGCAGACAAUGGAUGCCUCCCUUAGCACCCUUCACGUAAACCCUAGCUAGCACUCACAAACACACCUACACAUUUUUGACUUUGACCUACUCGCUAUACCUGUGGUCAUCUUCUUCUUAGGUCCACACAGAAAUCUCCCGUCUUGCAAAAUCCUUACCCCUAUGAACCUUCAGAAGGAAUUAAAUUAUGUGUGCUAUGUGUUUGCUUUCUGUAAAUUCUUUUAAAUUAAUUUAUAUAUACUUUGUGAAGUCUUAUACUAUAUAUUCUAUAGGGCUUAUCAUUUGUCAUUGAUUAAACAGAAUGCUUAUGAUCAUUUUGAUAAAAUAACUUUGGACACUACAUCCCUGUUAGGAAGUAAAAUACCCAUUACAAAUGUAUUUCUUCUGGAAGGUCUAUAAUUUGAUACACUUUAUUUUUAAUCACAAUCUAUUCCAGAUAAUAGUUUGGAGACAUUUAUAUUCAAAUAUUACCUGAGCUACCUUUUGGGAUGGAAUGAAGAGGAAUACUAUCCCUGGAAAAUUAAACAUAAAUAUCUGGCAAAACAGAAAAUAUUAUAGUAAUGAGGCAAUAAUAAAAUUAGAAAAUGAAAUUACUUUGAAAUCUGUCUAUGUAAUUUUCCCCUUGGUAAAAAAAAAAUACGUAAAAUACAUAGUUCAAAAAUUACCUUCUAAAUUUAUGGUCUACAUCACAAUCCUCAAUACAUAAACUAAUCUAUUGUUAAUAAUGUCUUACUCAUAGUUACAAGAAAUUUGUGAUUGAGAUCGCUACCAAGGGGGUCAUUUAUAGUUGUGCAAUAUUAGAAUCUCCUCCAUCACUGAAACAAGGUAAAGCACUUCAAAAAACCACUUUGUACCACAACUUUGCAUGACUGAGAUUUGAACAUCUAAAUGGCUGGUUUGUACCCAGGAGUUAUUGAAUAUUGUUAGCAUUGUAAUAUUAUAUGAUCUUUCAUUUUUGUUAUCAUGUGAACUAUAACUAUGUAAUGAAACAGAAUUCUGACAAUCAUAUUCUUCGAACAUUUAAAAUGUCACUUAU